CCCCACCCACGCCCUCCCCGCCAGAGAGAGCCACGGGACAUUGUAUGUUUGUUUUUCUGCUCGGGGGGCGUGUGGCUUUUUUCCUUUCUCGCCCGCAGAAAGCGAGCGAGCGUUUCCGAGUGCGAGCGGCGCCACUUGCCCCAGUUUUCAUGCGAGGUUUUGGGUCAUGAUCACAUCGCCCUCGCUUUCUGCUAUAAGAAGUAGUAAGCGCAGCAGCAGCCUCAGCGAACCCGGAGGCAGCCCCCGCCGCAGCCGCAGCGCCGCCGACCUCGCCGGGCCGAACGGGCACGCUGGGAAUAACGGCAGCAGCGCCGCCGCCAAGCCCUGCUUCCACGCCGUCCCCCCCUCGGACCCGCUACGCCAAGCCAACCGCCUACCCAUCAAAGUCUUGAAAAUGCUCACGGCGCGGACUGGACACAUUUUACACCCUGAAUACCUGCAGCCUUUACCCUCCACGCCCGUCAGCCCCAUCGAGCUGGAUGCAAAGAAGAGCCCCCUGGCCCUUUUGGCACAAACUUGCUCUCAGAUAGGGAAGCCGGACCCGUCCCCUUCCUCCAAACUCUCCUCGGUCACCUCCAAUGGCUCCGGAGGCGACAAGGACUCCAAGUCGGGCCCCUUGAAGCUCAGCGACAUCGGCGUGGAGGACAAAUCGAGCUUCAAGCCGUACUCCAAGCCGGGCGCGGAGAAGAAGGAGCCGGGGGCGGCGGGCUGCGCGGGCGCCCCCGCCGCGGGGGUCGCGGCCGGGGAGAAGUCGGGAUUCCGGGUGCCGAGCGCCACCUGCCAGCCGUUCACCCCAAGGACAGGCAGCCCCAACUCCAGCGCCUCCGCCUGCUCGCCCGGGCUGCUGCCGGCCGAGGGCAAAGGCGGGGAGGACAAGAAGGACUCGGAGGGCUGCGGAAAGAGCGGCAGCUCCGGCUCGGAGGGAGGCCCGGGCACCACCAGCAUCAGCCACAGCCGGAUUAGCGUGAGCUGUGCCGGGAUUAACGUGGAGGUCAACCAGCAUCAGGAGAGCACGCCGGGCUCCAAGCCCAUCGCAUCGGACUCCGCCUCCUCCUGCAGCAGCACCACCGCCACCUCCUCCACCUCCGUUCUGGGCUCCGGCCUCGUGGCCCCCGUCUCCCCUUACAAGCCGGGCCAGACCGUUUUCCCCUUGCCCCCGGCGGGCAUGAGCUACCCGGGGACGCUGGCUGGAGCCUACGCCGGCUACCCGCCACAGUUCCUGCCGCACGGAGUGGCUCUGGACCCCACCAAAUCCUCCAGCCUGGUGGGGGCCCAGCUGGCCGCCGCCAGCAGCCUGGGCUGCAGCAAGCCGGCGGGGUCGAGCCCGCUGGCGGGCGCGUCGCCGCCGUCGGUGAUGACGGCGAGCCUGUGCCGAGACCCGUACUGCCUGAGCUACCACUGCGCCAGCCACCUGGCAGGCGCCGCCGGAGCCUCCUGCGCCCACGACCAAGCCCUCAAGUCCGGAUACCCCCUCGUCUACCCCACCCACCCUUUGCACAGCGUCCACUCCUCGCUGACCGGCGCCACGCCGCCUUCGCUAGCCGGCCACCCUUUGUACCCCUACGGCUUCAUGCUCCCCAACGACCCCCAGCCACACAUCUGCAACUGGGUGUCGGCCAACGGACCCUGCGACAAGCGCUUUGCCACCUCGGAGGAGCUGCUUAGCCACUUGCGGACCCAUACUGCCUUCCCGGGCACCGAUAAACUCCUCUCCAGCUACCCCAGCUCCUCGUCGCUGGCCAGCGCAGCGGCCGCGGCCAUGGCGUGCCACAUGCACAUCCCCACGACGGGCGCCCCGGGCAGCCCGGGCACGCUGGCCUUGCGCAGCCCGCACCACGCGCUGGGACUCGGCAGCCGCUACCACCCGUACUCCAAGAGCCCCCUGCCCACCCCCGGGGCCCCCGUGCCCGUGCCCGCUGCCACCGGACCCUACUACUCCCCUUACGCACUCUAUGGGCAGAGACUCACCACAGCCUCGGCCCUGGGGUACCAGUGAGUGCAGGCAGCGGGGCUUUGACACUCAACACAAAGUCUAGCGGUAAGGGAAGGAAGCCCUGCGAAACUUUAUAAAAGUUGGAAAGAAAAAAAAAAAUCUGACUUUUUAUAAAAUAGUGUUCAUUUGAGGACUGGAUCCAUGAGCACUGUAUUUAUUUAUGUUAGCUUCAAGCGGGACAACGAAUCAUAAAGUGCAUUACUAAACUGAGCUCAAUAGGUAAAAGUGGAACACCCAUUGUAGAAUAUAAAUAAAAAGAUAGAGGUCUUCUCUUUAAUGUUACUUUAAAAUUGCUAUGAUUGUAUUGUACGUUCUUAUUUAAUGUCUCAUUGAAACGAAAAAAAUUUACAUGCAUGUUUGUUACUAAAAACAACUCGCAAUUUGUCAGUUAUAAUUUCAAAUUGCAAUUAUUUUUAAGGUGUAUACCCUUGAAAGAGAAUUGGUAUUUUUUUGUAUGUAUUCUGGAAGAAAAAACAAAAACAAUUCUAUUCCAAAAACCUCAUUUGCCUUAUUUUGUUCUUUAAAAGGAACACUUAACUAUUUUUAAUUUUUAAGUCCACCCUGUAAAAAGGGUUAAGUAAGGUUUACGUCAUGUACUAAAAUAGACAAUGUAUCGCUUUAAAGAUUAAAAUUCCGUAUAUUUGAUGUAUUAAAAGGUUUUACUUUUUUUUUUUUUAAAUACGCUUUGAUUCUGUUAUAAAACCCAAGUAGGUCUUGGAUGGAGGUGACUGCUAAUUUCUCCUUAAGCGUUUAUUCAAUUUUAAUUAAAAAUUAAAAAAAAACAACCAAAGUUUUUUUUUAUUGUAACCCCAGGGCUCUCUUAAAAAAUAAUCAGACACAGUUGGUUUUUUUCCUCAUCAGUAGAAUUUUCUGGCAUGAAAUAAGAAAACUGAGAAUCGCUUAAAUCUUUUUCCCUGUCUUUAAAGAAGGUAAACUUAUAUUUUAAAUGUU